AUGCUCGGAUCACCCGAGAGCGGAAAGAGCGAUGAUUCAUAUUCGGCUGCCUCUCCGCCAAGGCGAUACAGCGCACCUCCUUACUUUGCCCAUUCCCUUUUCGCGAUUGGUUCAGCAAGGUUUGACAGCACACAUCCACAUCCCGCCGAUGGCUUGAAAGCUCGCCUCAAAGACCCUCAGCUUGGCACACCAUCAUCGCAAUGUGGAGAGCAACGAGAUUGUACUACCCAUCCUCCUAAUGGCAGAGAGCAGUGGAGAGAUAUGCUGGCCUACUACCUAACCUGUGCAUCUGCCGCUACCAGUGUUGAUCUUUAUGCGUUGAACAGUUAUAGUUGCUGUGCAAAUAGCUCCUUCUCCGCCAGUGGAGAUUCGACUUUGACGCACGACUUUAGCUCUCUGCCCGUGCCCGCCUAUCUGUCCGAGUUCGGAUGUGUAGAGGCGGUGGGAACGGGUGAGAGACCAUGGUCCGAAGUUAGCGCCUUGUUCAGUAGACCGAUGACGGAUACAUUUAGUGGUGGUGUGGCAUUUACUUAUUUCCCUCAGCCUAGUGGGGUCGAUUAUGGGUUGCUUAAUGUAAAUGCUGAUCAACUCACAACAAGCGAGUUGCCAGUAUCAACAACACUUCCUCCCACACCAAACACCCAGCUUUGCAACUGUGUAGAGCAAAACGCCUACUCUUGCAUUCUCAACGCUGCCUCUUUCAACUCGCCAAACAUUAUCGGCACGCUCACUGGUCAAGCCUGUUCCUACUUGGGCCAACGUGCUGGUUCAUGUGCUCCCAUCCUUGCUGGUGGCGCAACUGGCACCUAUGGCAACUACUCAUUCUGCAGUUCAGGCCAGAGGGUGCAAUGGGCCAUGUCCGAGUACUAUGAGACGACACAGUUCGACGCUCAGAGCUGUCACUUUGCCGGCAAUGCGACGAGUAAGACUCCUCCCGCGCCAAUCGAUGCUGCAUUUGGUAGCUGUCUAGCACAGUACCCUGUGGCAGUGAUGGUGCCCAGGCCAGAUGGAACGAGUGGAGGAGGUCCGGCGAGUGGCACUAGUAUGACGAGCGCGCCUAGUGCGACGGGCAGUGCGGAGCCGAGUGGGGGAAGUAAUGCUGCCGCAGGAAGCGGAAAAGGGAGUGUGAUGGCGGUGAUGAUUGCAGCGAUGAUCGCUGUUGUUGGUGGUGGUUGCAGUCUUCUUUAA